GCUAGUGCUGUUCGAGGUAGAUUAUAGAUUUCCAGGACGAAAAUUAGUCUUCAGCUAUAACUAAUUAAACAAUAUGCAUUUCCGUAGUUGUCUGAGUGUUGCAGUCAUCUGGUUCCUUUCUUCCAGCCAGUCGAGCUCAGUGCUACACUCAGGUAUACGUUAUCUUAGUGUAACCAGAGGAGGGUCCGUAACUAUACCAAUAACUGAUGGCCAGUGUCCUGAGUCGGACUUCGGAUUAUACACAGAGAGAAAAGGCCCAGUGGUCACGUAUGAGAACAACGUGCCCACUGAGGGGCCAAAUUAUCUGGGCAGGAUCCAGCUGAUAAAUGACUCCAAUGGCUGUACUGUUGUAAUUCACAAUGUAACCAAAGAAGAUACAGAGACAGUUUAUUAUACAGACGGUGGUCUUCCAGGUCAACCGAGAAUUGCACUUAAAAUGACAAAUAGCACUGAGGGUUCAAUCAUCAUAGCAGCCGCGCAACCAUCUUCAACCACACCAGGAGGAAGAAUUGAGAGUUCAGCCUCCCAACCAUCUACAACCACAUCAGGUCUACAUGUGGAACAGCUUGCUGGGCUGGUGUCAGUAGGGGGGGUGGUGGUUGUGUUAGGGCGGGUCGUCAACAGGCAGAGAGCGGACCCCAGUACAGAGAGCAUGGGGGCUAUGAUCAAGAUGAUAAACCAUGACAACUUCAUCCCAACAACAGUAGAGAGCUGA